CAAGCGAAAUCAAUUGCAGGGAAAGGGACAACAGCCGCCGCACAAUACAAAACAUAAUUUCCCCCACAUAACUAAGCAGAACCGCUUCGCAGCGCUGGAAGAAUUAAACAAAUAAACAAUCCACCGAAGUGGACGCGCAGACACAGGGCAGCAUUCCAAAACAAGCAGAAAGAACAAAACAAUACGACAAAGCUUAUGCCAUGGCAGCCCGAACCAUAAAGCUCAAGCCCAUGCACGGGGACAUCGUACGGCCUCAAACAUCGAAAACCGCGGGACCAUUACAGCCAUUGGAGAAAAAGCCGACGUCCGCUCGACAACCGCACCAAGUAGCCAUGCAAGGAGGAACAUCCAAAGACAGAAGUGAGGACCGCCCGACCAACCAACCGCCCAGGCCACAACCCACGCAGGAAACAGUAGGCCCAAUAACCUUGCCAGGAUACACCGCCUACUCCAGCCCAAGCAUUACACAAAAACUAAGAAAACACUCUCUUGGCAAGGAAACAACACCGUCGACUCUGUGAUGUGUGUGGUGCACGACAUGGUGCGGUGGUCGGGACGGACAGCAGACGACAAGGAGUGCACGUGCCGAGGCGAAUUCCGUGCUGGAGGAAAACGACGACGCCGAAGAGCGUCCGGCACAUGAACGCGUGGCGCAAGAAAAGAAAACAAGAGUAAAAUGCCAACCAAUUAGGAAAGACCACGGCGUAAGGCAGCCAAUCGGAAAAUGACUAAUCGGCCAGAGCGGAAGAAAAGGCGAGGCGUGCUGGCAGAAAGGAGGAGAUGCCGGGAGAGUUCCAGGAAGCGACGCCAGGAGAAGGUCAGCCACCGGAUCGGGAGUUGAAGACGGGCCGUCGGUUUCCGGACCUGAGCCACCAGGACUUCACCCGACCGGGGCCUCCUGCCAACCCGUUCCUGCGCUUCGCCAGUCUACCCGAGCGGGCUGCCAGCUGCUCAAGGCCGGCGAGCUUCUGUGCCCGUAGGCAGGACGAGAACAGUCGGGCUACGGGCCGGAGUUCUACGCCCAGCUGCCCGUGGGCAGGACGAGAGCAGUCGGACUACGGGCCCGAGUUCUACGCCCAGCUGCCCGGCCAGAACGCUGCCGCCGUUUGCUCAUGCCGCCAAGCCGCCUGCCUUACCUCUCCAAGCCAGAGCUGGCAUGCUCUGGUCGCCCGGUCAACCAUCCUAUACCCCGACCUUUGGUGAGACCGGCGCAACUCCUUUCAUCAACUUGUCACCGCGUCUCCACGUCGAGACUGUUAUGCGUCCCUGCCGUCGUGGCAAGCCCAGACACGCGCACUCAUCAUCAUCAUCAUCAGCCUAGU